GGAAGAGGAGAAAGAAGAAGAAGAGAUGACAGGAGAUCUGAUUAACGACGGAGAGAGACCAGACUCUCCAUCUGACAGCAGAAAGAGUCCUUCAGGGGAACCAGACACUGAGACGCCCAAUCCAGCGAUGCAACACCACUGCUCCCAGUGUAAUAUGAGUUUUAAGUGGUUAUGGAAGCUAAAAGAGCAUGAAAGGAAACACACAGGAGAAAAGCCCUUCCAAUGCUCCCAGUGUGGAAAUAGAUUCUCACGAUCACAUGACCUAAAAUCACAUGAGAGGACACACACAGGGGAAAAACCACACAAUUGCUCACAGUGUGGAAAGCUUUUUUCCCAUUUAGGGAACCUGAACAAACAUAAGAGAAUACACUCUGGAGAGAAGCCUUACCCCUGUUCCCAUUGUGGAAAGAAUUUUAGGUUGUCAGGUAACCUGAAAACGCAUGAGAGGACACACACAGGGGAGAAACCUUACCAUUGCUCCCUGUGUGGUAAGGAUUUUACCAAGUUAGGGAACCUGAAAGAUCACGAGAAGAAACACACAGGAGAAAAGCCUUACCACUGCUCCAAUUGUGGAAAGAGAUUUUCAACAUCAUCAGACUUAAGAAAGCAUGAGAUGACGCACACCGGGGAGAAAUCUUACCAUUGCUCUCAGUGUGGAAAUAGUUUCUUACGAUCACAUGACCUGAGAUCACAUGAGCGGACACACACAGGGGAAAAACCACACAGUUGUUCCCAGUGUGGAAAGUGUUUUUUGCAUUUAGGGAACCUGAACAAACAUAAGAAAAUACACUCUGGGGAGAAGCCUUACCCCUGUUCCCAUUGUGGAAAAUUCUUUAGGUCGUUAGAUAACAUGAGGGAGCAUGAGAAGACACACGCGGGGAAGAAGCUUUACCAUUGCGCCUUGUGCGGAAAGAGAUAUUCACGAUCACAUGACCUAAAAUCACAUAAAAGGAAACACACGGGGGAAGAAAACACACAAUUACACACACAGGGGAAAAACCACACAGUUGGUCCGAGUGUGGAAAGAAUCACACGCAGUUAGAGAACCGUUCCCGUUGUGGAACUAUAUUUUCCCGAUCACAUGACCUAAAUUCACAUCACAUCUAACCAAGCUAUAUUUAUUCAGCACAUGUCAGACAUGGAGUGGAACACAAUGGGCUUCACAGGAAAAAACUAUGAAAACAAAAACUGAAAUAUUUACUACACAAGAAACAGAAGAGGAUAUAAAAAAAACUAAAGAUGAACAAUAAAAAACAUUUGUGCCCAGCUGUGGAUAAAACACUGCUAGCAUUUGUCUGCUCCAUUUUCAUGAUGGCUAGCAGCUAAUUGCUACUUAACAGGAAUCCAGGACACAAACUUGCGGUGUCAGCCGUAAAGGCUGUCUGCAUUGCGGAACCAAUAGCAAUUAUUUAUAAUUUUCUUGUGGAGUAUUACAACAUACAAUCUACCUGCAGUGAAGCCGUUCAACAUUUACAUUACAUUCAGUCAUCUAGCAGACUCCCGUCCAGAGUGACCCACAGGAGCAACCAGGGUCAAGCGCCCAAAGGGAUGUCGACAGAUCUCCCAACAAGCCAAAUCGAGGACUCAAACCAUUUAUAUAUAUAUAUAUUUUGUGAAAUGAAUACCAAGUAUGUCUACUUCACCAUCAGCCCAUUUUACAGGUAAACUACAGGAUCAUGUAAAAGCUGUUUUUUGUAAAGGUCCAAUACGUAAUAUUGUAGACUUGUCAUAAUUAGGAGUCCAGAAAAGUUAUCUUCAAUGAGACAGUGAGACAGCUUGAGGACUUAAUAUAAAACUUGAGUCAUCGGACACCUUUUUGUUUUUUAAGCCUCUAUUGUUGUUGUUAUGAUGUCAUGAUUUAUGAUGUUAGAGCCGAUUUGGACAUGUUGGUAUAAAAAACAGAACAUCCAAGAGCUCCAUGUAUGUGUGUGUAAAUAUAUGAAAUAUUAAUGUAUAUGGUGUAUUAGUAUUAGGUACCUUUUAUGAUUUACAUUUGUCUGAUUGAGAUAUGUUCCUUUAUUAUUGUAACUUAGUGUUUGGCUCCUCCCCCUCCCCUCUCGCCCAUUCAUUGUACUGUGGUAAGUGUGUUAGUGAUAGGAUAAAGGCAGGAAGUUGGGACUUCGGGGUGAGGGGAGUCCUAGCUAGACGCGGGUGCGGUAUAGUCUUUUCACCAUACAGACAUAUGAACAGGCCGUUUUUAUGUAUUUUUCACAUCAAGUAAAUCUAUGCUUUUAAGUUGAUUGGAGAAUCAUUUAUUUGUUGGAUAUAAGAAGAAUAAACCUUUUUUUGUUGCACCAUA